AUGUUUCAGAAUAUUAUUGAUGCCUUUACUGGUGACAGUGAUGGUGAUAAAAAGUUGAAAUGUGGUGGUGAUGACUGCAAGAAAAUCAAGGGCACUGUUGUUUUGAUGAAGAAGAAUGUUUUGGAUUUUAGUGAUAUUUUGAUGCCUUUAUUGAAGAAUGUUUUGGAUUUGAGUGAUAUUUUCCAUGCAUCUCUUCUUGAUCGUGUUCAUGAGUUGUUAGGCCAAGGAGGUGGUGUUAAUAAUAAUAAUGUAAAUGUCAUUGAUAGUCAAUCUGGGUCUCAUUUACAAGAAUCCACUAAUGAUACAAGAAAAGAAGAGCAGACCGAUUUGGAGGCUGGUUCAGUUGCUUUGGGUGGGCCAAGUCAGAUAUAUCUGCUGUGCCCAGCAAUGCAUCCAAAACUGGUUCAGAUGAUUCAGAGAAUGAUGAAGGAUCAGAAGAGAGUAGCUCUGAUACUGCCUGCUUCUGCAGAUUCUAAAUCAGGGGCCAAGUCAGAUAUAUCUGCUGUGCCCAGCAAUGCAUCAAAACUGCUUCAGAUGAUUCAGUGGUUUGCUUUGCUGAAAAAGGAAAUUCUUGAGGAUCCAACUUACUUGCAUAAAAAAUUGUUCCAUAAACUCCCUCCAGGCCCUCGAGGGUGGCCGAUCAUUGGUGCUAUUCCCCUCCUAGGAACCAUGCCCCAUGUCACAUUAGCCAAAAUGGCCAAAAGAUAUGGCCCCGUCAUGUACCUGAAAAUGGGUACUUGUAACAUGGUUGUGGCCUCCACCCCAGAUGCAGCUCGAGCCUUCCUCAAAACCCUAGACCUAAAUUUCUCAAACCGUCCCCCAAAUGCGGGUGCAACUCAUUUAGCCUGUAAUGCACAAGAUAUGGUCUUUGCAGAUUACGGACCAAGGUGGAAAUUGUUACGCAAAUUAAGUAACUUACACCUGCUAGGUGGUAAAGCUUUAGAGGAUUGGGCUCAUGUCCGAGUAACCGAGCUAGGCCACAUGCUCCGAGCCAUGAGCGAGGCUAGCCAAAGAGGCGAACCGGUGGUGGUGCCAGAAAUGUUGACCCAUGUGGAGCUGAUGACAAGCGCAGGAUUUUUCAAUAUCGGUGAUUUUAUACCGUCGGUUGCUUGGUUGGAUUUACAAGGAAUUGAACGUGGGAUGAAGAAAUUACAUGGAAGGUUUGAUGUGUUAUUGACAAAAAUGAUGGAGGAGCAUAUGGCAACGGCUCACGAACGCAAGGGAAAGCCGGAUUUCCUUGACGUUCUCAUGGCUAGCCACGAAAAUUUGGAUGGUGAGAGGCUUAGUUUUACCAACAUUAAGGCUCUUCUUUUGAACUUAUUCACGGCCGGCACUGACACCUCCUCAAGCAUAAUCGAAUGGGGACUGGCUGAAAUGUUGAAAAACCCUCGCAUCCUCAAACGAGCUCAAGAUGAGAUGGAUCAAGUCAUUGGUCUGAACCGACGACUACAGGAAUCCGACAUACCAAAACUUCCAUACCUGCAAGCCAUAUGUAAAGAAGCGUUCCGAAAACAUCCAUCAACACCUCUAAACCUACCCAGGAUUGCGGACCAAGCAUGUGAAGUGAAUGGAUAUUAUAUCCCCAAAGGCACUAGACUCAGUGUCAACAUCUGGGCAAUAAGAAGAGAUCCUAAUACUUUACGCCUGAAAGAUUUUUUUAGUGAGAAAUAUGCAAAAAUCAACCCUCGAGGAAAUGAUUUUGAGCUAAUUCUGUUUGGAGCAGGGAGAAGAAUUUGUGCUGGGACUAGAAUGGGAAUUGUGCUGGUAGAGUACAUUUUAGGCACAUUGGUGCACUCUUUCGAUUGGAAAUUGCCAAAAGAUGUGGAGCUCAACAUGGAUGAGGCCUUUGGUCUAGCAUUGCAGAAGGCUGUCCCCCUUUCCGCUAUGGUUAAUCCACACCUAGAACCUAACGCUUAUCUUGCCUAA